AAAUGGAACAUUGGCUCAUGUAUACAAUUCAAUAAGUCAACAACCCUCCUUUCAGAAGGUAUAUAUACAUAGCGUGACACACAUGUCGACAAAUACAUUUGCAAGAUCUUCUAACUACAAUAUUGAGCCACGCAUAUUUGACAUUAAGAAACAAAGCCCUUGAGCAGGUUCAAGGUCGCUCGCUCACGCCUAUCGAUCAGAAAAGUCAUUAAACGAAAAUGUGUUCACACGCAAUGCGGAAAACUUUCCGCAUGCAUGACCGUAAUCGAACGAGCGCCCAUGACACAUAAUACCGCGAAUCGAGCACUCACUUUCUCCGAACUGGGCACGUGAUCACUAGGCUGGUGAGUUUCUGCAAGACCGAAGGAGAGCGACAGAGAGAUCGAAAUGCCUGAAGAGUUAAAAAAAAAAGGAAAGAAGGAAAAAAGAAACAGAAAGGAAGGACAGCGAAGGAAAGAAACGGAAGAACAACGCCACAGCAGGACGUGUUUGUUCUACACUCGCUUUGGAGCGUGUCCGAGCGAAAUCAAGCCGCCGCAGACUGCGUUGCAGCUGCGCCAAGAGCAAACAGAGUAGAGGGGCGAGGUCCUUGCUGUAUAGUUGUCACGUCGAGUGGACGGGCUACGCGAGUCGUUUGGCAGCCUUUGUAUUUAAAGGCGACCCCGAGCUAACAAUGCGGCAGCAGCCAAGGAAGAAACGCCGAACGAGCGGCUCGACAGUCCGGAAGGCUAGAGGCGAGUCGAUCGAAGUGAAACGUUCGGUGGCCACCACUGGGCCGCUCUUGCCGCCGAGCGUUAUUUUGAACCUAAACAACCUGUUAUCUCAAGGGCUGCGACUGAGUACUCUGAGCUAUAAUGCCUAUGAAAUAAUGACGAUGCGAAUGACGGUGCUUAAUGAAAGCAUGUUGCAUGGACCAUGAGCUAUGAAUAAAAGAAGAAAAGCGGGAGCGGCACACCGGAGGCUACGAGGCGCCCCAGGUACAGCCACGUGUAAUAGCACCUGCAACAGCGGUGCCAGUGAUCGAAGGGGCUUCAAGACUGUACGGCUGCGCAGCCACAGGGUGGCGUUUAUGGCGCUGUUGCUGCGGGCGGCCUGCGCAAGCCUCUCACUUUUCCUCUGCUGCGCGGUCCCCUUGGCGCUGUCUCCUUCGAAAUAUGCCGGGAGCAUGACAGCGCGAACGCUUUACAAUGGCAGCGUUCACCGUGAGAAGAGGCAGCUCUCGGAAAUCGUGUACGCCCUGACUUCGGGAGCCAGGCUCAUCAUUGGAGCUGGCGUGGGAUUGUUGCAGUCCAUUGGCAGAAUAGGAAAGGACGUGGUCGGUGAAUCGGACGGCGGUCUUUUAGGCCUGCUGAGUUCGCUCUUCACUGGCGUUAACGUCAGCUUAGACCUCGUAAGGAACGUUUUACUGGCUGUGCUCGGAACGAAGGACAUUCUUCUGGGCACGCCUUCAAAGGACGAGCUGACCGCGGCGGCAGAUCCUUUGGUCGACCACAACUCGUAGAGAGCAUGGCGCUGCUGAUGGAACGCCGGAUGACGCGUACGCGGAAGACGCUCGUCUCUGGCAGCCCAAAACAUGGCUUGCGUGCAUUGUGUUUUAUCCACCACUCUGCGGAGCCUAUAUGGAAGACACCAGCCAUAGCUUUUGGUUUACAAGGAAGGCGUUCGAGCCCUUCAGGUCGCAUGAAAGCUGAAACGCUUCUUUCUAGGCAUCAUUAUGCAAGAAAAGGUGAGGCGUGCAGACAGGACACAAGAGAAGAGAAGUGGACAACACGAACGCCGACUAUCAACGCGCCUCACCUUUUCUUGCAUAAUGAAUCCUUACCAACUAGCUCAGCUUUCUGUCGUUGUAAGCUUCAUUUCUAGGCAUGUAGCCAAAAUAAAAGCAAUGAUUUCUUUUUGUUAGCGACACCUUGUUGGUUUACAUUCAAAAUGCGAUGUAACGAAGUAUGUUAUAACGAACUAAUCAAUAUCACGAAGUGAUUGUAAUUUCCAUAAAUUGUUUUUAAAAACAAACGCACUUCAACUCUCCUUCCAAGGGAGCAAACAUAUUAUUUCAGUGGUUGUAAUAAACAUGCAAUAGUUCAGAAUGAGAAUAUACUGAAUUUCACGCUGUUUACGUAUUGAGGGACACUACGUCCUCGUCUUCAAUCCCGCGCAGUCCAUUUUUUCCCUCGCAGUAUGAACCAACUUGCGCAACAACAAGUCCUAUUGAUUACGCUAAAGUCUGGAGGCCCUCGACGUUGCUAUACCCCGUUCCAUACAGAGCAGUCAGCGCUGCGGAAUCUGCGAAAGAAUUUCGGCCAAGAAAAGCUGUCACUCCGUGCAUUCCGCCCAUGCUUCGCUGCGAGCCAACAUCGUUUGCUCGCGCGAGCAGGCACGUAAGGCUCCUCGCGACGGGCUGCAAAUAAGCAACCCGAAAAAAAAAACAAAAAACAAAAAUAAAAAUGAUCUAAAAGGACGCAUUAGCAGUCGUAUACCGCAGUGUGUUUGUUUCUGAGGAUUUAAACUUGUCUCAUUCAAUACUGAGCCUAUAUAAAAAAUAGUUGCGCACAACUGCGGUCACAAAACAUCGAACUAUCUCCAAUUGCGAACUAAGCCAGUGCAAGAAGUCUCUCUAACCUCCACAGCGUUGACGGCUAUGCGUGGAACGGAGUAUCGUCUGAUGUAGCAUUUCAAAACUUCCACGAGCUGUCGACCACCUGGCAACGCGCCAAACCGGACGCGCUGCCGCGUUGGCAGCGCGCGCACUGCAACCGGCCGCUGCCGUCUCGCACACCACGCUCCCGACGCCGCCGAUUACCGCAUUCGCUUGCGCUCCGUGGACGCAGCGUUGGUCGAAAGUCGGGUCAGUCGGGACCCUACAAGCCGCCACGAAGCGGGGACAGCGCGCGGCUCGCGCUGUGCGCGGGUUCUCGUACGCAAUUCUUCAACAUAAUUAUUUUCACUCUUGUCGCGGCCGCGAUAAACUGCCAUACACGUGCAGUCAACGAGCUUUCUCCGCAUGCACUGAGGCCGUUUUCAUGACAAGGCAUUUCGUUUUCCAUUCUGUUUACCUUUCCUCAUCAUCUCAGGCGAAGCCGCGCCGUCGUUAUCGCCUUGAUCUGGUGUUUGGUGCGAAGGAUAAGAAUGGCAAACGGAAUCGAUCGUUAAAUAUAGUACAAGCCCCGGGAAUCGACCACUCCGCGCAACGGGAGAUAAAGAAAGAAGGAGAAUGAAGUGGAACGUUACAAAUGCAGGCCCCGCUAGUGUUCCCGGUCACAGUUCUGCCACUCUACUUAUCAGCUUUCGUGAAGCCUCCGACAUUACGCGCAAUGCCCGCCGCGUAAUGCCAGCGACGAGCAUGGUACGAAAUCGAAGCGCUCCGUCGGCAUGCUAAGCACUGAUAAGAGCUGUUACAGCGCUACAUGGGCGUGCGUGAUGGCAGCAAAGAUGGAUUAACGUCGACAGCUGCAGCUGUCACCUCGUUCACGAUUACGCGACAUAGAACAACCUCUCGCGGCCGCUUUUGGCGGUGCGCUUGGUGCUUUUGCAUCGUUUUACCUCGUUAUAAAGUAAUGCGGUGGCAUACGAACAUGUGAGCGCAAUUUACUUCUCUACGCCCCUCCCUCUUAAAAAGAAAAAAAAAAGACGAAGAUAAAGAACCGGAUAAAUUGCUGACGUGACUUAUAUGAAAAAGAGCCUUGAGCUGUGCGAAACGUGCCCAUUAGGCUGCGAAUUGUCCUCUGCUUGGGAUACUUGAACCAUGUCAUGUUAUUCUCAGUUUCCCCUUUUUGUGUGCUUUUUUUUUGCACCUUCAUCACCUAUGUGCUGCCCGUACAUUCCAUGCUUCCGAAUAACAUGUUUCAGUAGCGUUC